AUGAAAGUUUUGUAUAUUUUAAUAAUAAGUUUUUUGCUCUUAUCCUCAAUUAAUACAAAGGAGCCUAAUAAUGAGAAGGGAAACUCAUCUGAAAAAUCUUUAUUAAAUUCUUUUAAUGAUGACUAAAUCCUCUAAAGUCAUGGAUCUUUUAUUGGUUCAUUUAUUUCUACUUCAGUUUCUGAAAUAGGAGACAAGACAUUUAUAAUGACAGCAAUACUUUCUUCUAAAUAUAAUAGAUUUUGGGUAUUCGUUGGAAGUGUUGGGUCCAUGCUUAUAAUGACUUUAAUAUCUUGUCUUCUUGGUUCUCUCACUGAGUAUUUUAUACCUUUAGUAUAUGUUAAGUUUAUAUCUAGUGCACUAUUCUUAAUAUUUGGUCUUAAAAUGCUUUAUGAGGUUUACACUGAUACUGUAGAUGAUGAAGAUGACGAAGCAGAAGAAGAAGUAGAAGAGCUUGAAAAAAGGUUAUCUAAAAUAGUGACGAAACCUAAAACAGAGACAGAUUAGAAUAAUGAUUUGAAAGAAAAAUCCACUUCAGAUAAAUAACAAAAUAACUAAGCAAACUCUUAAGAAAAUGAAAAGAAAAAAAAGAAAAAAUAAAUUAAAGGAAUAGCUGCUCCCGGUUAUGUAAUAGCUAUGCAAACUUUUGUUUCUAAUUUCUUUGGAGAAUGGGGAGACAAAUCAUAAAUUUCAACAAUUGCAAUCAGCGCCUCAUAUGACUUUGUAUUUGUCUUCUUAGGAACAGUUGUAGGAUAAAUAUUCUGUAUUCUACUUGCCCUCAUUGGAGGAUAAGUUUUAGCAAAGUAAUUCUCUGAAAAAACAAUGGCUCUGUUAGGUGGAAUUCUUUUCAUUAUUUUUAGUUUUAUAACUUUAUACACUACGUUAAAUAAAUGA